AUGACAUAUUCUUCAGUUCAGUUUAUAGUCUGUGACCUUCAUACUGAUGAGUUUUCUUCUCAUGGAUUCAUCAUCAUCUUAACAGGACAGAGUAGAGACCCAGCAGAGGACGCUGAUGAGUCUGAUGUGGAAAAAGGAGCAUCCACAGGACCCAAACCCACUCUAACAGCAUCCAGCUCAGUUAUACCAGAAGGGGGCAGCAUCACACUGACCUGCUCUGUGAAGGACUCUGCUGGUUUAAGAUAUGAGUUGUACAGACGUUCCUCAAACACCAAUGAAUAUCAGCCCGUUGAAGAUGAAGAAUCAAGAAGUGUUUUCAGUGUUUCACAGGGAGGCAUUUACAUCUGCAGAGCUCAGAAACCAGGAACAAAUGACACAUAUGACAGUGAACCAGUCACCAUUCAGGAAACUGUUUCAAACAGGAUCACUGUGACUCUACAACCCAACUGGUCUCAGAUAUUCAGUGGUGAGAGGAUCACUGUCAGAUGUGAGAUCCAGGGAGGUGGAGACACUGGGUGGACGUAUGAAUGGAGACCAGCCAAGUUAAACAAACCUCCAUCACGCAAUGAAUACAGGAUCAACAGAGCUACUGAGUCUGACAGUGGAGACUACAGGUGCAGGGGUAGAAAGGAUUAUUCCUUAACACAGUGGAGUAAUGUCAUCAGAUUGACUGUAUCAUCAUAUAAACCUCAGGCCUCACUGAGAGCAGACAGGACAGUCAUACCAGCAGGGGGCAGUGUGACACUGACCUGCUCUGUGAACCCAUCACCUGGUUGGAAAUACUUCCUGUACAGAGACAAUAAACUCUCUGAACCCCUGACCACACAUGAUGCUGCUUUUCAAACAACUGGAAGAACCAGUGUCUCACAGGAAGGACUCUACAGCUGCAGAGGAGGAAGAGGAGACCCAGUUUACUACACAGAGUACAGUCACUCAGUUAGCAUUGACAUCACUGUGUCAAACAGAGCUGUUGUGAUUCUGCAACCCAACGUCUCUGAGAUAUACAGAGGAGAGACGAUCACUGUCAGAUGUGAGAUCCAGGGAGGAGGAGACACUGAGUGGGAGUAUGAAUGGAAAACAACCACCUCAUUCAAACCUUCAAAUCAACAUGAACACAGGAUCAGUUCUGCUUCAUCAUCCCACAGUGGAGACUACAGGUGUAAGGGCAGAGUGAAAAGUUCACAACAUAGACAGACAGAGUGGAGUUCUUCAGUCAGACUGACAGUGUAUGACAAUAAACCUCGGCCUGUCCUCACUGUGUCUCCAUCAUGGCUGAGUCCUGGAGCCUCAGUAACUCUGAACUGUGAGGUUGAACAUCCAUCUGCAGGAUGGAGGUUCUACUGGUAUAAGACUGUUCCUGAUCUGUCACACAACUACUACAGCUAUAAGCUGUUACCUGGUAACAGCAGAGGGACUGAACAGGAUUCCUACAUCGUUCAUGGUCAGACACACACAGCAGGAUAUGUGUGUAGAGCUGGAAGAGGAGAUCCAGUGUUUUACACUGACAAUAGUGAACCAAAGUUUGUCUGGUCUGGAGAUCUUCAUCCAGCAGCGUCUCUCACAGUGAAUCCUGACAGAGUGCAGCACUUCACCUUUGACUCUGUCUCACUGAGCUGUGAGAGAAACUCUACUGAGUGGAGAGUGAAGAGGUUUAAUGAACAUGGCUACCAGUCACACUGCUCUGACUGGGGGAGAAUGACUGGAUCCACAUGUAAAGUCUAUCUGUCCUCGCCCAUUAAUGCAGUGUACUGGUGUGAGUCUGGAUCAGGAGAAUUCAGCAACGCAGUCAACAUCACUGUACAGAGUGAUUAUCAUGGUAUUAUCCUGGUGAGCCCCGUCCAUCCUGUGACUGAGGGAGAGUCUGUUAGUCUUGGCUGCAGAUUCAGGACUGAAGAAAAACUUUCCAGUGUGUUUUUCUAUCACAAUGACAAACUCAUCCAAAAUGACACCAGACAGGAGCUGAAUAUCUCUGCAGUGUCAAAGUCAGAUGAAGGUUUCUACAAGUGUCAGUGGUCAGAAAGAAAGUCAGCACAGAGCUGGAUGUCAGUUAAAGUUGCAGUGAUGGAACCUAAAAGCUCUUCAUCUCCUGUGCUGCUGAUCGUUCUGCUGCUUUGUGGAAUAGUAUUGAUUAUUCUCCUGCUACUGUGUUGCUGCAGAAAGUCAACAGAUCCAUGUUGGAACAGGCUCACUCAGUCUCAAAGAGAGAAUCAGGGCUCUGCUACACACCAACCAGUCAACCAUGAUGCUAAUCAACAACAAGUAUAUUCCUCUCUUCUCCACAGUGAUGUUUGUGUCUAUGAAACAAUCAGAGUCUAUGAAAACACUGGAGAAGGGCAAUGUGAUAAACCAGAGGGACGCUCUGUCUAUACGAACGUGAAUCCACGUUCAACCACAGGUCGAUAAAGAGAAGCUCAUGAUGAACAAAGAAUGGACAACAACAUGAAAAACAAAAUGUUUCAGCUGAUAUUUGACAGCAAGUACACAACUGCCAUCCAAACAUUAGACACAGUGUUUUGUGUAGUUGUGUAGCUGAACAUAUGAAGAAAUCACAUGACCAGGAUUUAAUUUCAGCAUAAACAGUAUAUAUGUAUAUUUUUGUUGCAAUCAUGCAGCUGUUUUGUACAUUUAACAGCAUAGAGCUAUACUUGUGUUUUUUCGUUUCAGUAUUAAGGUUAGACAGGCUAAAGUUACACUUCCAAACCAGCAUAAAUGUACCUAUAUGUCAGUUUGAGAUGAACAUUAUUGGUAGAUUCACUUGUUAUGUUGGAAAAACGUCUGAGAUGUGAUGGCUCUGUUGAGGUUUAUUUUUGCAAAUUGUGUGAUUGGUGUAUAAUGAUAGAUAUGUAUUAUUUUAUAUUAAUGGAAUCUAUUUUACAUUACACUGAAUCCUUUUUAUUUUAUCAUACCUUUUUUCUACUAAGAGCAAUGGUUUUGUAAAUAAAUAGAAUAAAGUGAACUGAACAGUCGUGGUUGGAUUUUCUAGAACCUGACUAGUGCAUCUUUUCUAGUCCACAUCUUAAUCUAGGUGAGAAA